AUGUCGAAGCUUACUCUGGAUCCAGCAGAUCGUCUUCGAUUGGCGCUACUGCCACAGCUCAUUUGGCAGUUUACGGAGAGCAACUUUCCUACCUUUGUACUCCCUAAUUCUGGCUUCGGGCUACUUGCAGCCUUAGCUGCGCCGAUCCUCACCAGUCGUCUGGAACCUCUCCACCCCGUUGACCUGUUGCUCCGGGGCUUACAGGUCGUGCUCUUCAACUGGGCCAAUGUCUUCGUGUUCGACCUGGCCAAUCAACGCCUACCGGAGUCGAUAGUGGAGGACCAUCUCAACAAGCCCUGGCGUCCGCUGCCUACGAACCAAAUUAGCCCCGAGACCACCCGGAGGUUAAUGCUGGGGGCCAUUCCUGCCGCUCUCCUCAUUAGCGCUAUCCUCGGAGUGGGGACGGAGAGCUCCUUCAUCCUGAUCCUGACUUGGCUGUACAAUGAUCUGCACGGUGGUGACGAGAUCAUUCGCGACUUGAUAAUCGCCUUGGGAUAUGGACUGUACCUGUCAAGCUCGCUGAAAAUUGCCAUCGGCCCCCACCAUCACAUCACGGAACAUGGAUACCGCUGGAUUGCCAUGAUGAGCGGCAUUAUUCUGACCACCAUGCAAGUGCAAGAUCUCAAGGACCAGGCUGGGGAUGCCACCCGAGGCCGACAGACCUGGCCUCUCGUAUUGGGGGACUCGGUCUCACGGUGGAUCAUCACGUGUACCCCUGUGCGCCGGAGGCUUGGUGGUAUUCCACGUGGUGAAAAAGCAAAACGACUCGACGGCCUGGAAAAUUUGGUGUGUGUGGCAGGUGGUGGUGUAUUCCCUUCCCUGUUUGUGCACGGCGUUACAGCGCUAGUUGUCUUUGUUCUGGAAUUUGGCGGCGCUGACGCCUCUUCGGUGGAUCGCAAAUUACCUUUCAAGACAAGCGGGGAUCCUGCGACUAGAUCCUGCGACUGA